AGGUACGGGUGGCGACACCGGGAGUCUCAGCCUCAGGCCACCCAGCGCCCAGCGUCCUUUCUUCCUCGUCCCGAGGUCAGCUUCGUCCCAGCGCUGCCACACACGCGCCUUCUCGGCCUCGCUCGCUCCGCGCGCCCCGCCCCGCCAGCUGUUACAAGUUGCUUUAAACGCUUGCCGGGGUCGUGAUUCCCACUCCGGUGAAGCCGACCACGUGCCACACUGAGCUGCGCGCUGAAGGUGACAGCAACAGGACGGGACCCCUGACCUUUAGAGACCCUGAGCGAGGGGACAGGUUUCCGUGCCUUUCAGCCUUGCGUCCCACCUCCUAGGACCGAGUGGGUGCCGAGCCAGCAUUCAAUAAGCAGCCAUUCGUUUACUUAAAUGUUUUUUGAGCGCCUACUACAUAUCAGGCAGGCUGUGGAGAUAGGUGCUGAGGAUGGCGGGAGCCCAGAGAGGCGCAGGGUCCCCUUACCUUUCCCAGCUCCCCCCGUGCCCGGCAAGAGGGGCAGGAAAGGCCGCAAGAAGCGGCGCAAGCAGAGGCAGAGAAGCGGGCGUGGCACCUGGCCAGAACCGCACGUCUGCCUGGAAAGUCCAGGCGAGACGCACGUGCCGAGGGCGCUUUGGAGACCCCGGCCCACUCUUGCCGCCAGCGCCGGUCACACGGGCACCAGCCUGGCGAGGGGGAGAGCGGAGCCUGCCCCGCCAGACUGGAGGAAGGGGGCCGGACCGUGCGUGCGCGGUCUGCUUGCUUAGGAGACGAACUCGGGUUCAGCGCCCAGACCCGGAUUCCAAUCCCAGGCCUGUCGCUUACUCCUUGUGUCACCUUGAGCAAGUCCUUUAUCCUCCCCGGGGCUCAUUUCCACGUGGGUAAAAUGGGUUUUCAAUAACCUAAGGGUUAAUUGCAGGCUUAAGGGGAAAAUGCCUGGAGCGCUUCCCCAGCCUGGUGCGCGCGGCACGGAGCGCGCCUCCUGGAGCGGAGGUUGUAAUUGCCCGCUGCUCACAUCUCGCCGGGCCAGGGCGCCCGCCGAUCUCUUCCAAGGGACCGGCUAGCAGCCUAUUAGGGCGUGCCGGGUUUUGAUAGAUUUAUUUGCUUGCUUGGGGCGGGGCUUGGUGCGUAGCCGGGAGAGGGGGGAGGCAGGAGCCCUGAAAAAGGGAAGACGCGGGCCGCGAGCGGGGCGGGGCGGAGCGGAGCGGGGCGGAGUCAGGCUGGGCUCCGGCCCGGCUCGGCGCGCACCCCGAGCCGCGGGUCGCACGGCCAAUGGUGCUCGGCGCUGCGGCGAGGGCGGUGCAGGAUCCCCAGCCGCUGACAGCCAAACUCGCCAACUCCGCCCUCGUCCCCGCGGGAGCCGGGAGCCCGGAGUCCGGAGCCCGAGCCCGCCAGGGGCCGAGGACGCCCGAUCCGCCCGCGAACAUGGCAGAAUGAAAAGGCAGGCGCCGACUCGUGGUCGCCGCUGCGCGCGCUCCCAACCACAUCCUUAGCCGGCCUCCCGGCGGCUGCUGGUUUUUUUCAUUCGGAACCGAGGGCGGAGGAGAGAGCGAGUCCGUGCCCCGGCAGGGUGUAGACCGCGCGUGCGACUCGCCGGCCGCUGGAAAGACGCGGGGGAGCGGGAUGAGCGGGCCAUGGAGCGACCUCGGCGGGGCGCACGGAGCCUGCCGGCGCAGGGGCGGGAGCGCUGCCUGAGCCCGGGAUCCGCGGGGCUUCGGAGCCUCGGGCUCCCCGGGGGAGUCCCUGCCGCUGCCUCUGGGAAGGACAGGAGCCCCGCGUGGCGGAGCCUGCCGCAGUCGCCGCACUGAGGCGCCCCAAGCCUGCUCCGCCCGUUUAGUGCUCCCUCGGCCGGCGGGCGCCGUGCCCAGUGCCCGGCGCGAUCGGCUGCAGGAGCCAGGUGCGGGGCCGAUUGGAGAGGCGCGCGCGCGAGUGCUCCUGGAGACCCGGGCAGCCAUGCUUCCUGGGGUGGGCGUGUUCGGCACCAGCCUCACGGCCCGGGUCAUCAUCCCGCUUCUGAAAGAUGAGGGCUUCGCGGUGAAGGCGCUGUGGGGCCGCACGCAGGAAGAAGCGGAGGAGCUGGCCAAGGCGAUGAACGUCCCCUUCUACACUAGCCGCAUCGACGAGGUGCUGCUGCAUCAGGACGUGGACUUGGUGUGCAUCAACCUGCCACCGCCCCUCACCAGGCAGAUCGCUGUCAAAACCCUGGGCAUCGGCAAGAACGUCAUCUGCGACCGCACGGCCACUCCGCUGGACGCCUUCCGCAUGAUGUCGGCGGCCCACUACUACCCCAAGCUCAUGAGCAUCAUGGGCAACGUGCUGCGCUUCCUGCCGGCCUUCGUGCGCAUGAAGCAGCUGAUCGAGGAGGGCUACGUGGGGGAGCUGCUGGUGUGCGAGGUGCAGGUGCACGGCGGCAGCCUGCUGGGCAAGAAGUACAACUGGAGCUGCGACGACCUGAUGGGCGGUGGCGGGCUGCACUCGGUGGGCACCUACAUCAUUGACCUGCUCACCUUCCUCACCGGCCAGAAGGCCGUCAAGGUGCACGGGCUGCUCAAGACCUUCGUCAAGCAGACGGACCACAUCAAGGGCAUCCGCCAGAUCACCAGCGACGACUUCUGCACCUUCCAGAUGGUGCUGGAGGGCGGCGUGUGCUGCACCGUGACCCUCAACUUCAACGUGCCUGGCGAGUUCAAGCAGGACGUGACUGUGGUGGGGGCGGCCGGGCGCCUGCUGGCCGUGGGCACUGACCUGUACGGGCAGCGCAACAGCGAGGCCGAGCAGGAGCUGCUGCUGCAGGACGCCUCGCCCGUGAGCAACUCGCUGCUGCCCGCCAAGGCCUUCAGCGACAUCCCCGCGCCCUACCUGCGCGGCACCAUGAAGAUGAUGCAGGCAGUGCGCCAGGCCUUCCAGGACCAGGACGACCGCCGCACGUGGGACGGGCGGCCGCUCACCAUGGCCGCCACCUUCGACGACUGCCUGUACGCGCUCUGCGUGGUGGACACCAUCAAGAGGUCCAGCCAGACCGGCGAGUGGCAGAACAUCGCCAUCAUGACUGAGGAGCCCGAGCUGAGCCCCGCCUACCUGAUCAGCGAGGCCAUGCGCCGCAGCAGGAUGUCUCUCUACUGUUAGCGCGGACCCGAGGGGGACCCGAGGGAAAUGCAUGGUGGGUGAGAAUAAAUGGCAUCUCAGAAGGGGGACCCCGGCCUGGUGUUGGUGGACAGAGCACUACCGGGGGAGUAUUCAGUGAGGCCUGCUAUCCCUGCCUGGCCCCUUCUGGGUGUCUGGCUCAGGGAGAGGAGGUUGAGCAGCCCUGGCUGCCCGGCACUGUGAGAAGCAAGGAGGGCUUGCUUCCCGCCCUACCUCAUCCACCCAGCACUGUGGCCUCUGACAAGGCAUGUGUCAGAUGGCGUGAUCACAUCUCUAAUAUGCCUCUAGGUCUUGGGAGAAAGUUAAAUUCCAGGAAGCCGCUUUUGAUUCUAUGUACGGUGUCUGAAGGACAGAUAGGUGGUAGCAAAGUACAGUUUCCUUAAUUGGGAAGCAGAACCGUGGCUCUUUGGCCUUUCGUUCACCUGCCGCAGUAAGGGAGCGUGAAGAACAGCUAGCAGAGCACAGGUUCUUGCAGACUGAAAGGUGAGAACACCACAGUGGCACAGCAGGCAGAGAGUAAACUCCCUCUGAGCUCAUCCGCAGCGGGAUGACCACAAGGAGCUUCCCAGGCAGGGUGGGUGAGAAGCAGCAGCAUUCCUUGUUCCCUGGCUCUCCAGGUAGCACUGGGACCCCCACCCUGCAAGGGCCCCCUCCAGGACUGCGGACAGCCGUGGGCCCCAGUGUCCCAGUAUGAAGGGAAAACGAGCCUAGCCCCAGAGCUGCGCUGGGCAUCACCACUCGUCUCUAGGAGUCGUACCCAGCUUUUCGGAUGGAGAAGAGAAGCCUUCGCUUCCACUCAGAAUUCCCUUCCCUUAAAGAGGAGAGGUUGUUUUCCUUUGCUGUGGCCGAGGCUCUCAGGAUGUGGACACCUGAGACUUCUGAAUAGGUAUUAAGCAAAAGGAUAGCAAAGAACAUAGUUUUCAGGAUUUCUAAAUUGGAGGUGUAGGGAACUCAGAGGGGAAGAAGUAUUUCUUCUACUUGCUCUCCUGUUGCUUUCUUCUUUUUCCCUCUACGGAGCUUUAGGAACAAUGGUAGGCACGAGCCAGAAGGAACCCCCAGUCACGUGUAGGCACGAACCCACAUGUUUGUAAUACUUCCUGUCAUCAAGGGGGACGGAUACCAUUUUUUACAAUUCAGAUCUGGUCUUGAAUGCAAGACUAAGUCAAGUCCAUUUUGAAACUGGGCGGUUACUCUUCUAACCUCUCAGUCCCCAUGAGGCAUUUGUCGAGGCGGGACCUGAGUGCUCCUCCUUGUAUUCUGCACAACUUUUGUUCACAGGCUCACUGAAGCCAUAGAGUAAGUAGUCUUUGGCAUGCAGCGGUUUGGGCUCCUUUGCAGAUAACCAGCAGGAGAAGCUGGAGUCCACCCCGCACCGGAGCAGGCAAACACCUAAAGCAAACAGUUACAGCUUCCGCCCUCCUGCCUGGGGUCAAUACAGUUCAAAGUCCCUGGCUUCUCACAGGCACACUGCGGAUGUGUCCAAACACCAAAGGGAGGUCACUCAUUUUCUAGGACAAAGGAUUGCUCACUCUGUUUCCCCAGGCCUUACUGCAACGCUUGGCAGAGUCUGUGGCUCAUCCUGCGCCCUAGUCGGUUGACACUUCAUGGUCACCAUUUCCAGUUUUGCAGUGAUCAGGUCACUGGAUGAAGGGAAAGUAGAUGACUCCAUGGGUCUCAUUUUUCUAAGUCAUUGAUAGAUAUUCGUGGGGAUUUGACAUUAUGUUUUGUACUUAACUGAUACUUGAGAGAUCCCAAAGGCCUCUGGGCUCUGAUACAUAUUCAGGGUCUAAAACAAAAAUUCUCAUUUGAGGCUGGGAGAUACAGAAAGACUAUAUUUUAAAAGAAGCAUGAAAAAAUUUUAGUAAGUGUACUCAAAUUUUAGCUACCGAAGUGCAUGUAGUAGGUAGAUGUAGGAACAAGAGGAAGAAUUAAGACGUAGGUAGUUCAUUGUUUUAAAACUAUGAGAAUGACAGCAAAUGGUUAAGAGAUUUCCUUAGUGUUCCUUCUACUCUUGUCCUACCAUGUGCAAAGCCUUGACUAGGAGCAGCAGUCUGAGGCUGAAAUUGUAAGCAUUCCCCAGUGUUCUGUAUGACUGUUUCCAACCCGGAACCAUUGGGGGUUUAGGUAUCACCCCAACUUUGACCUUGGACUAAGUCCCACCAGUAAUCCAGCCUCUUUUGCUUUCUCUAAAAUGCUGCCUCCAUCAAGCCCUUGAAACAUAUGCUAGUGUCCCUCUUGCCUAUCUUGUUCCCAUUAUUAUGCAGAUGCUGCUCAUUGCUUCUGCACAAGUCUGAGAUUCCACAUUCUCAGGAUGUUGGUCCAGGUUCUUUUUGGGUAUUCACAAGUACUUGGGAAGUCUCAGGCUUAUUUGGAAAGUUUGGAGACUGUGACCACUGUCAGUUUCUCUAAGACUUCUCCCCUCCCUGGGAAAGUGGCACUGUGUAUGCCUCCAGGGCACCUUAGCAUACCUGGUUGCAAACGCUGCCAUGAUGGGUUAUCUGGACUGUGCAGGAGCAAUCUUGGCCAAGACUGGCCAACUCCAAGACUUAGCCUCUGUGUGUGCAGCAUUCAAGGAUAUUAGCUCAUGAAAUCCAUAAGAUGACCCUAGAGUACUGGGGACUACCAUUCUCUUUUGACAUAGGAGAAAGUAACCUGCCCAAAGUCUCAGCUAGUGAGCAGAAGUGGGCUCACUUAAUGCAAAACCUUACCUCUUUCAAUCCAGUUUGGGCUUUGGCUGUUCUUGUCAGGUGGGAAGAGCGCUUCCUGUGCAGCCCUAGAGAGCCUGGGUCAGCUCUCCCACCCUGGGGCACCACGUGGUAAGAAUGGACAGAGACCACCCCCCCCGCCCAUACCCCCUCCUACUGAGCAGGACACCACAUCUGAGCUUUUGCCAGAAGGUUAGUUCCUAAAACUGCAAGUACAAGUAGUCGACUCUUUGUUUCCCCUUCCAAAGUGAAAAUAUCAGCUUCUUUUCAAAUGGAUUUUCUGCAUCAAUUUUUGAUUGUAGCUGACCAAGAAAACCUCAGAGUUGGGGAUUUUUAAAGCAUUGCAGUCUAUUAUAGGUGGCCAUGGACUUUGAGGGGCCUGAGUGUGACUAACAUAGGAAAACUUUUCUCAGCGAGUGGGGCUUUGAAGGUUCAUUUGCUGUGACUUGGAGUUUAGCUGUGUAUAUGAACCCUUUCAGUCCUCCCUCUCUUCAUCUUGUCUGGUAGCUGCAGCUAUUGAAUGUGACCUGUGUUUAAACUGGCUGAUGAGCAUAGGAGGAAAGUAUCUGCUAAUGGUAUCCUGGGGAGGAGAAAAUCCAGUUGCAUGUAAAGGGAUUUCAGAGUCAGUGCUUUCAUUUUAUACCCCAGAAAGAGAAAGUGAUGGCCAAGAUCACCCCACUUCUUUAGUGAUAGGAAACUGGGCUUCUCAAACCGGCCCUACCAUUCACCCUGCUGCGCACGGCACCCUUUGGAGCUUUCAGACGAGGUCAGGAGACAGAGAGGGAAGCAACUGGUCUGAGGUCUCCUGCUGGCCAGUUGGAGAAGUUGGAAUUAGGCAUCAGACCUGCACUGGACUGUAUUUCCUGAGCUGUUGCAGAAAUUCAGUUAUGUCUUGAGUGUACUUACUGUUUAGAAUUUUCCAUUGUGACCAUAAUGUGAACCAUUGUCUCUAACUUGUAUUUUACUUGGAAAGGGUGAGGGCAUGCAUUCAGCUUUUCCCCUUUGGGAGACAUCUAUCUAUCUAUCUCUCUAUCUAUCAUGCUCCUUCCCCAUUGCUGGAAACACAUGUAGGGUCUGUCCAGCUUUGGAUUCUCACUCCACCCACUGCUUAUUUUGUUUGGGCCAUCAAAGCCCUGGAGUUCACAAGAUGGAAGUCAGGACACUGGGGAGCUUAUUGGAAAACAAAAUCAGCUAUGAGAACCCUGUAUUUCAGUUCCAUUUGGGGGAGAAGGAACGAGGGUAGGAAGGAAAAGUUGGACGUGUCUGCAGGAUGGUUCCAGAGGGCUCCCUGGCCUGUCCCACCCUGUGUUAGAAGCAGAGGACUGUCCAGGUUGCCCCAGACUUCUCUCCUGUGCUUCUUUAAAAGUGACGGGUCCAGUGGGCCUGUUAGGGGCUGGCCAUGAAGCCAGUGCUGUAUCCGAGUAACCACAGGAAAGGAAGGUCAUAGCCUGCUGGCCCUUUUUUCCUCCACGUUGUGGUCCCUAUUUGCUGGAGCCCUCAAGAGGGCCACCGAGUUGGCUAUCUCCUUCAGGUUCCGGAAGUGUUGCACUACUGCAUGCCCUCAAAUCUGUGCAGUCCUUUGGGUUCACACCAGCAGUAAUGGCUUGAGGCAUCACACGUCAGUCAGAGCCCAGCUGGCCGUGGAGUACACACUGGCCAUGGAGUCGCCACGUCCCUACUGCUCCCCUUCCCGAUGCGCUCUCUACUGUCCUUUGCAGCCACCACAAGGGCUAAUUUACUAAAGAGCCCCAUGGUUUCCCCUUGUAAACACAGUGACUUAUUCGUUUUGCUGAGUGGAAUCCCCUGUUAAGAAACAAAAGCUGUGACCUGACCCAUUCCUUUAUGCUGCCCUGUGCCUUGUCCAGGGGAGGGAAAAGUUUCUUGCCAGUAUGGCUUUCUGUUUGCUGCCUGGUGCUUUUCAUUUGUUUUGUGUGUAUGUGGGUGUUUUUUUUUAAACCAAAAUUGCAUCAGUUUGGUUGUCUUUGUCAAGUAUAUAUUUAUUGUGUUUUACAAACAUGAGUAUAUAUGUAUAUCUAUAACAAACAUAUAUAAAAAGUCAAGGCAUGUAUACUAGAUAUUUUAAAGAGUUAUUUAUCAAGGGAAAAAGAUGUGUGUUAUAAAGUAAACAGAGUCUAUAUUUUAUAUAUAAUGUAGAUAGCAAAAAAUAGCUUAUAAAUUAUAGAAGAUUUUGGUUUUCCUUUUUAUUAUUAAAGAAAAAAAGGGGACAAUGCAACUGUUAGUAUUUUAAAGGCCAAACUACUGUGGGAGAUGGCCUUCCUGUGUGUCCUCCAGCAGUUCGGUGUUUGCUGUCCCGGGCUCCUGACAGAUGCUCUUGUCACCUGUGUGAUGCUUGGGAUCCCCUCACAAAUGCACCAAAUGAGGCCUCCAGCUGGUGUCCACAGUUCGCAUCGGUGGGAUAAAAGGAUGCAAGUGGCAAAUAAAGAUUUAAAAGAAAAUACAA